UCCCAAGUGUUUAAACUGCACAUCUGUGUUUCUGUAGGUUUUAAGAAACUUUACUGUGGCUUCAGGGACUGGCACUUAGCCAAUGCUUUAAAUCUGUCCCGAAGAGAGGAGAGUACCCUGUCUUCCUUUAGACUUUGGUCGGUGAAAACAAACUGUAGAUAACUCAUUUUGGGGGUUACGUUUAAACCCUCCCCCGGUCUGCCAGAUUUGGUUGAGUCCAGGGUUCCACCAGAACCAAGAUGGCGGACUUAGCAGCGACGCGCUGAACUUCAGUUUACACUUUAAACGCUUACGCUUUUUCUCCCCCUUACUCUGGUCGGAUUGUUGUCUUUUAAGAACGAAUACUGGGCUGAGCUGUUGGUGUGAGUGUGCUGUACACAGCGCAGCAGAGGAGAGACAGUGAACCAGGUGAAGUAGCCUACUCGAGUUGGCGACAAAUACACUCGUGACAUUACUCGGUCGUCCAAUAAGAAGAGGCGAAGAGAGAGAGAGAGAGGGAGAGAAAGACGGAGGCAGCGGGGCAGAGUGAGUCACGGUGCAGGUGUAUGGCGGGGUGGAUAGUGCCACAGAUUACCUACCAAGGGAGACUGUCAUGUGACAUUUACGUGAGAAGAAAGGAUUUGUACGCUGUCAUCAAUAUUCCCAGAAAUGUUGAGUCAAAGGCAUUUUCCCCGUGGAAGGAAAGUCAGUCCAAGCAAGGGUCUUCAAAUUUGGAUCAGAGGGGUUUAAGAUCUGCAGUGUUUUCCAGGUGUCUUUAUCUGGGAUGUGCAGGCUAGGUGGCAGGAGGGGUUUCAGCCCCGAAGCACAGACCACCAGCAAAGACACUACCACUGCUGAGAGACUACACAAGCAUCUACAGAUGGACACGUAUACUUGUAGCUACACCUGCAUACAAGCUGCUUGAAAGACAGACCUGACCAAGCAGCAGACAACUGAGGCUGAACACUGUCUGAGGACCAGUUGGGUCCUGAAUAUCAGGUCCAGAGAUCACUUGUGGUAGCUUUUACUCUUCCAGCUCCCCUUUCUCCCUCUUCAGUCCACUGGUAUUUGACAUUCCAUCCAUCAAAAAAUCAUCUACCCUUCCCUCCCUCUCUCCAUUCUGUCAACUGAGAGUGGUAUUUACGCUGCAAAGCUAGAAGUGGAGAGCAGGUAAUGGAUGAUGCUGGCCAUGGUGACCUAGUGUAAAUGGCUAUUCCUCAGCACAGCUCAGUGCCAGUAUCUACUGUUUGGUUUUCCUCCUCCACUCCCCCUUCCUCUCACCCCUCCUCCACCUCUCUGCUCUCCUUUCCUGCUCACCGCUGCUGCUUGCUGCCCCAUCCUGCCUCUCCCCUCCAACACCAUGGUAGGUGCAGGCUUGGGUGUGUGGAAGCUAAUGCGAGGUGUCCGCCAGCUGGAGCUUCACCGCCUCAUCCUGGCACUUAUCAUCUUCUGCUUGUUGUCCAUGGCCUUCCUAGCUUACUAUGUCUCCAACAGCCCCAAAAUUAAGGAGGCCCCCCCUCUACCCUUCAGUGACUGUGGUGGAGGAGGAGGUAUGUCGCAGGGAGCAAGUACCGGGGCUGCCGGCGGAGGGCCAGGUGUCCAGAGGGCACCGCUUUUCCUUCCCCCACGCCAGGGCCGACUGCGGCAGGUGAAGGCAGUAGACAAUUCCAGGACAGAGCCCGUAGUUCUGGUGUUUGUAGAGAGCAUAUAUUCCCAGCUGGGCCAGGAGAUUGUAGCUAUAUUAGAGUCUAGCCGCUUCCGCUACCGGACGGAAAUAGCUCCAGGUAAAGGUGACAUGCCCACAUUGACAGAGCGUAACCGCGGACGCUACACACUGAUCAUCUAUGAGAAUGUGUUGAAAUAUGUUAAUCUGGACGCAUGGAACCGUGACUUGCUGGACAAAUACUGUGCUGAGUAUGGAGUAGGUGUCAUUGGCUUUUUCAAAGCUAAUGAAAACUCUCUUCUCAGCGCACAGCUCAAAGGUUUUCCCCUCUUUCUACACUCACACCUGGGACUCAGGGACUACCGCAUCAACCCCAAUGCUCCCCUCCUCUAUAUCACCAAGCCCAACCAGGUGGAGCAGGGCUCUUUACCAGGGGAUGACUGGACGAUUUUCCAGUCCAACCACUCUACCUAUGAACCAGUACUUCUGGCCAGCACCAAGUCCUCUGAGGCACUGGCACAUGUUGGAUCCAGCCCCCAGCGGGCGCUCCAUGCCACAGUGGUCCAGGACUUGGGGCUCCACGAUGGCAUUCAGAGAGUUCUGUUUGGGAACAAUCUCAACUACUGGCUUCACAAGCUUGUAUUUGUAGACGCCAUCGCCUACCUGACAGGGAAGAGACUGUGUCUGUCCUUGGACCGCCACAUCCUGGUGGACGUGGAUGAUAUAUUUGUUGGCAAGGAGGGAACUCGUAUGAAGGUGUCGGACGUGGAGGCGUUGCUCAACACUCAAAACAAGCUGAGAGCACUGGUCCCUAAUUUCACCUUCAACUUGGGAUUUUCUGGAAAGUUCUAUCACACAGGUACUGAUGAGGAGGAUCGGGGAGAUGACAUGUUGCUGCAACAUAGGAUGGACUUUUGGUGGUUCCCUCACAUGUGGAGCCACAUGCAGCCUCACCUCUUUCACAAUGUCAGUGUCCUGGCUGAGCAGAUGAGGCUCAACAAGAUCUUUGCUCAGGAGCACGGCAUCCCAACAGAUAUGGGCUAUGCAGUGGCUCCACACCACUCUGGGGUUUACCCAGUUCACAGCCAGCUCUAUGAGGCCUGGAAGUCUGUGUGGAGCAUCAAGGUGACCAGCACUGAGGAAUACCCUCAUUUGCGGCCAGCUCGAUACCGCCGUGGCUUCAUACACAAUGGGAUCCAGGUGUUGCCCAGGCAGACAUGUGGUCUGUUCACACACACAAUCUUCUAUAAUGAAUACCCAGGAGGCUCAAAGGAGCUGGACAAGAGCAUCAGAGGAGGAGAACUCUUUCUCACUGUCCUCCUAAACCCUAUCAGUAUCUUCAUGACCCACCUGUCUAACUAUGGCAACGAUCGUCUGGGUCUGUACACCUUUGAGUCUUUGGUUAAGUUUGUCCAGUGUUGGACCAACCUCAGGCUGCAGACCCUGCCCCCUGUCCACCUCGCUGAGAAAUACUUUCAGAUUUUCCCUGAGGAGAGAGACCCACUCUGGCAGAACCCUUGUCAUGACAAAAGACACAAAGAUAUCUGGUCUAAAGAAAAGACCUGUGACCGACUCCCAAAGUUCCUUGUCAUUGGACCCCAGAAAACAGGCACUACAGCGCUUCAUUCAUUCCUGAGCCUCCACCCAGCCAUCACCAGCUCCUUCCCCAGCCCCACCACCUUUGAGGAGAUCCAGUUCUUCAGUGGAGCAAACUAUGACAAUGGGAUUGACUGGUACAUGGAUUUCUUCCCAUUCCCUUCCAAUGUCAGCACAGAUUUCAUGUUUGAGAAGAGUGCCAACUACUUUGACACAGAAGUAGCUCCUAAGAGAGCUGCUGCCCUGCUACCUAGAGCCAAAAUCCUUGCAGUGCUCAUCAACCCGUCUGACAGGGCCUACUCCUGGUACCAGCACCAGAGGGCCCACCAGGACCCUGCAGCCCUCAACAACACUUUCCAUGCAGUGGUGACAGCAGGCCCCUCGGCCCCCAGGGACAUGCUGGCCCUACAGAGACGCUGCCUUAGCCCCGGGUCAUAUGCUGCUCACCUUGAACGAUGGCUGCAACACUACCAGCCUAGCCAGUUGCACAUCGUGGACGGGGCCCUGCUGCGGUCCAACCCAGCGCUGGUGAUGGAGGGAAUCCAGAGAUUCCUUGGUGUCACGCCCAUCUUCAACUACACCCAGGCUCUAAUGUACGAUGACAGCAAAGGUUUCUGGUGUCAGCGGGUGGAAGGAGGUCGAGCCAAGUGUCUAGGGAAGAGUAAAGGCAGGAAGUACCCAGAGAUGAGUCCUGAGUCUCGUGCCUUUCUGGCUGAGUAUUACCAUGAGCACAACAUGGAGCUGCUGCACCUGCUGAACCGGUUGGGACAACCGCUGCCGUCCUGGCUCCGCCAAGAACUCCAGAGCACCAGCUGGAGCUGAGGCCACAACCGCACACACAGACACAGCACAGAAAAGCCGGAACUGUAGUCUGUGGGUGAGCCAACACUUGGCUCUGGAUUAGACUGGACUACCCUGAUCUAGAAUGAACAGCACCACGAAAAGAGCUUCAAAGUUUUAGCUGUAGUGACUGGUGCUCCUGUUCCGUGGCAAACAGAAGACGACAGUGCAACAUGAGAUCUUUCUCAAUGUUGCUCACUGUUGGAGGAGGAUCCCAGAGGACUCUCCCUCCUACUCCUGAUUUGUUGCACUGGACAGCCUCAGUCUGUGUGUGGACGGAUCGCUGACACUGUAUACAUCAGUUUGCUGUGGAUCCAGAGGUUCAGACAGCCUUAAUGUGAGGAGAGAAACUCUUAGGAUGAGACCCUGUGGAUGUAGAGUGUAUGACUGGAGACAGUACAGGUCUAACAUGCACAAACACACAUGCACGUCUCAUGUGAUGAUGAUUAUAAAGCAGUCCAUCUUAAAAAGUGGUUGUAUAUGACAGGGUUGGGGAGCAGGUGGGAAACAGAAUGGACAGCAGCCUAAACUAGACAGACACAUAGUCCAUAUCCUGGUCACACACACACACACACACACACACACACACACACACAUCUACCUGCAGGUCAAGCUAACAGCCAGGGUGCUGCUUUUAUCCUCAGUUUUCCAGUCUUACUGUAGUGACAUAUAAUGGAUUUAGCUGAUACAGUAUGAAGACAGGUCAGUGUAAAUAUCAUGUGCUUAGAUUUGGUACACAGCUAAAACCAAACUCUGGUCCAGGCUGCAUCUCACACCUCGACCCUGUGAGGGACACAGUCAGCAGCUUUAUUACACAGUGUUUAUUCACUGAGGUAAAGAUGGUUUUCAAAUGAUGACUCCAUUCUCCAGCAUUUAUCCAAGAUUAUAUACUUACUUUUAACCACAUGGCAUUGUUUUUUGGAAAAAUAAACUCUCUUUGGACACAUGGAGCGAACCACACAACAGAAAAGAUUCAAUUGUAGGUAUUUUUAGUUAAAUGUCAUGUGUGUGAUUUUGAAUAGAGUUCUCCUACUCGUGGGCCAAACCUGGAAGUUCAGGUUUCACUUCAGCUCUUUAUAAUACGGUGAGUGGGAUUGGCUGUAUUUGGUAGCCAGUGUUCUUCCUGCUAAAACAGUUAGCAGUGUUCAUGGCUCUGACUGGAGGCUUCUCCCCUGCAACAACUACCGACUACAACACUUCCCAUAAAUCAGUUUGGUUACAUCUUUCAAUUAGACCUUCCCUGCUGGGUAAAAACCACAUCAAUCAAACAUCGCUUCUACAGUUUGUAAUGUCCAGUCCCAAAUGGAAAUAUUCCUGAUGGUGUCAUUAUGACAUCAUCAGGGUUAUUUUCUCAGACUCAACUCGUUCAGAAACACAGAAAUUUUACAACUGAGUAAUACUAACCAUGACUACUAAAUAGACUUUGACAUGUAGAAUUGGUGGAGUGCCCUUUUAAAAGAAACAAAUACAGCACAUGCUCAAAUGAACAGAGUGAACUUUACCAACUUUGACAGUAGUGACAGUAUUAGUAAGUCUAAAAUUUGUAUUUUAUUUAUUUUGUCAUCAGUCAAAAACUGUUUUCACCGUGUAAAUAGUUAUAAAUAGUUCAGCAGCUGUUUACUCUGACCCUGACAUACUGUGAUCGCGAGGUGCAGCUCUGGACCAGGGCUAUUUAAAACUUAGUGUGGGAUGUGUUUGACUGAAGGGAGGGGGGGGGCACAUCAGUCAGUAACAGCACCACACCCUCUGAAAAGAAAAAAAAGCUCAGAAAGAAAGCUCAUCAAGUGUCAGAUAUCUUCCUGAAAGCCCAACACAGAAUUCUAAACACACGUCACCCCACGCACUCACACUCUUGUCUCCAUCUGAGGACAGUAACCCACAGAUGUCACCGGAUAAGAGAGCAGACAACAGAGCUUGUAUGGAGACAAAUCAGAAGCUGCUGUCUUGUUGUUUUCUGUUUGUUUUGUAUAAAUGUCAAAAAGGCCAACACUGUAUCAUCUCUAAUAAACACAUAGAGAGGUUGGAAAUAAUGGA